AUAUUUCAUAGGAAACAAAAUUACCAGUCCUCCUAAUUUGCUCUUUGCUUCAAAGAACUUUGUAAUUUGAAAUUACAAUUUCCAUUAGGCCAUCAAAAUCAAAACUUUGAAUCAUCCAUUAUAGUAUUUUAUCUCCAAAUAUAGCAAAAAUUGCUUUAAACAUAUUAAAAACUCCGCAUAGACUUCUUGAAGAAAAGUUCAUAUCUUUAUUACAAUCAUGUAAAACUAUAAAGCAAGUGAAAGAAAUUCAAACCCAAAUUAUAACCCAAUGUAUUGGUUAUACUAAAUAUAUUAUCCCUCCUUUUUUGUCAAAAUGUAUGGAAUUCAAGAAAAUUUCAUAUGCCCACCAAGUGUUCGAUAAAAUUCCUGACUUAGAUGCUUCACCUUUCAACAUAAUAUUCAAAGGGUAUAUUCAAAAUGAUAUGUAUAGAGAUGUAGUAGUGUUGUUUCGUCGUAUGAUUAACGAAGAUGUUAGACCAAAUUGUUUUACAUUUCCUAUGGUUUUGAAGUCUUGUGGAAAGUUAAUGGCUUUAUUAGAAGGUGAACAAGUACAUUGUGUUGUGAUAAAAUUUGGGUUUAUGUACAAUACUUUUGUGGGGUCUACUUUGAUUGAUAUGUAUUCGAAUGGGGCUCGAGUGAAAUGUGCUUAUAGGGUGUUUAAUGAGAUGGUUAUACGAAAUGUUUUUACGUGGACUUCUAUGAUCAAUGGAUAUAUCGCGAAUGGCGAUUUAGUAUCUGCAAGAAUGCUUUUUGAUUUGACGCCUGAACGAGACGUUGUAUUGUGGAACAGGAUGAUUACAGGGUAUAUUGAGUGUAGGGAUAUGGAAGAGGCUCAAAAGCUUUUUAAUGCGAUGCCAAAUAAGGAUUUAAUGUCCUGGAAUACUUUGUUGAAUGGUUAUGCUAAUAAUGGGGAUGUCGAGGGGUGUGAGCAGAUUUUCGAAGAGAUGAAAGAGAGAAAUAUUUUUUCGUGGAAUGGUCUUAUCGGAGGAUAUGCUCACAAUGGACUUUUUAGUAAGGUUAUUGAUGCCUUCAAGAGGAUGUUAAAUGAGUCUGAUGUGAAGCCUAAUGAUGCCACACUUGUGAAUGUUUUGUCUGCUUGUACGAGAUUAGGUGCUCUUGAUUUGGGUAAGUGGGUACACGUAUAUGCUGAGAGCAAUGGGUAUAAGCACAAUGUGUAUGUUUCCAAUGGGUUGAUUGAUAUGUACGCGAAAGGUGGGGUGGUUGGUAAUGCAGUUGAUGUGUUUAGGAGCAUGGAUAAAAGAGAUUUGAUUUCUUGGAACACUAUUAUUAAUGGCUUAGCAGUGCAUGGUCGGGGUAGUGAUGCCUUGAGUUUGUUUGAUGAUAUGAAGAAUUUUGGAGUAAAACCGGAUGGAAUUACUUUUAUUGGAGUGUUAUGUGCGUGUUCUCACAUGGGUCUAGUUGAAGCCGGAUUUGGCUAUUUUAACUCAAUGAUGAAUGAAUAUUCCAUCGUGCCUCAAAUUGAGCAUUAUGGUUGCAUGGUUGAUUUAUUAGGUCGAGCUGGUCUUUUGGAGCAAGCUGUGAAUUUUGUGGAAAAGAUGCCUAUACAAGCCGAUGCUGUCAUUUGGACCGCGCUACUCGCGGCGUGUAGAGUAUACAAGAACAUUGACUUUGCAAGACUGGCUCUUCAGAAACUUAUUGAGCUUGACCCGAAAAACCCUGCGAAUUAUGUUGUGCUUGCAAAUAUCUGUGGUGAUGCUCGGAGGUGGAAAGAUGUGGCAGAGAUGAAAGUGGCGAUGAGAGACACCGGGUCCCGGAAGGUUCCGGGAUGCAGCUUGAUUGAGGUUGAUGAUGAAGUGGCUGAGUUCUAUUGUUUCGAUGAGAGGCAUUCCAAGUCAAAAGAGAUAUAUGGAGCCUUGAGAAGCUUGAUGAAGGCAUUAAGAUCAUCUGGAUAUGUUCCGGACUUCAUGGAGGUUGGUCAAGAAAGUCCAUUAUUUUUAGUGGAUUAAAAGAUCUUGGUUUCUUGAAGAUAUCGUGAUUUCAUCGAUAAAGAUUCUUUAAACUCAUCAGUAUCACUGCAGUCGAAAGCUCGUCCAUCUUAGUCUUCAGAUGUUGGAAAAUGAGGUGUGUAAGUUUGUCUCUUCUCCUCUCAGUUGAGUGUGUUGAUAGUUUCAAAAUACACUAGUUUUUCUUUGAUAUUCAUUGUUCUCUAAAAUGUUGAGCACUUGAGUUGCUACAUGGCGCCCCGGUCACCUUACUUGAAUGUAGGUGUAAUUUAGCUAGUUACACUAGUUCAAACUCUAAACUUUUGGAAGCUUACUUGUUGUAAAGAAUUGGGCCUGUCCAUUCUCACUUAAGCUUUGAGGAGGUAAGGUAUUAUGUCCACCCUUCAUGUAUUCACUUUUUGAUCUUAAUAUGUAGGGUCAAUGCGAAACCCCUCAUCACCACAGGUGGCUAGAA